AUGUGGAAGAGUGGUGGUGGCGGUGAGUAUCUACAAUUAUCGUACGACGCCGUAGUGAAGGCAGUCGCCAUGGAGGGCAGUCGCGAUACAAUCUUUAAAAAACAUCGUACAAAUGCGUUAUGUUUUUUCCCUUCACCAGCUAACAGUCCGCCGUAUGAUCCCAUGCCCCUGGAACGUCAGGAUCUCUUGAAGGGUGUUGUGGCAGCCAAUGGUGGCUAUGUGGAAAGCCAACUUCCAAAACCAUUUACUUCCGCUGAGACUUUUUAUGCAGAUCAUCUCUACACUCUCAUUGCCAUCGAGUCACCCGACGCGACGUCGUUCCAAGCGGAGACAUACAGCUUUGACAAUAGUCCAAAAAAUAAGAAAGUCCGAUCUACAGAGUAUGGCCACGUAAGAUGCAAGCGCGGCGCUACGCCCACCCAAUUAGCCCGAGGGGGUAGUCAAACCCGACGAUCUCUAUCAAAAAUCAACGACUAA